AUACUUUUGCAAUUGAUAGGGUUUUGUACAUGGCUACGACUUGAGUAGUUUAAUUUUUUUUAGACAACGUCUUGGAAAGGAAGGAAAAAUCAAGAAAUACGAGAUCCAGUAAUAUACACUUCCCCACAGAAAAGACUAAGAAAAGAUGUCUUGUCUGUCUAGUAUCCGCUCGAAUUUUGGCUCUGUUUUUCAAUCGAAGAAGAAAGAAAAUCCCACCUUGGCUGAAAAAUCCGCUAACACCUCGCACGUCUCUUCCCGCCCCUCCGUCUCCACCUCUACCCAAACAAGCAGUCCAUCGUACAAACCACCGCUAUACCAAGUGCCCAGCGCCAUAGUCACAGCGACAGAAAAGGGCAUGAUAUCCGCGUCCUUGUGUUCAGUGUCGCAACCUCCCUCUGCAUCAACAUCGCUUACUUCGACAAGUACACAGACGAUAUCAGCAGCGGCACCAUCUCCAUUCCAUAGUUUGCCAUUAGCAUCGCCAUCACCACUGUCGCUGUCAUCAUCAUCGGCAUUGUCUCCGUUUUGUCCAUCGCCACUGUUGCCGAUGUCGAAGGCGGAGGGGAAUGCAAGGGAGAGUACAAGCAGCACCACGACACUAACGCGAGGCGAAGAAGCCUGCGUAUCCGGACACAGUAGCCAACGGGCGAGUGUGAGAUUCAAGGGGUUGGAUGUUUAAUGUAUUCUCUUCCCUUCUCUCUUUUCGUUUCAUUGAAGCGUAAGCGGUAGGCGUUAGCGUUAUAGCAAAAAACCGGGGGCGUCUACAUAUCUCUUCUACUACAUCAUAUCCGUAUAGCAACC